UCCAGUUCACUUCUGUAAAGAACUAACAAUCAGCACUCCUACCAAAAUGGCCUUCAAGUUCGUCUUCGCUCUCGCCUUCGUUGCCGUGGCUAGCGCUGGCUAUGCCCCCAUCGCUGCCCCCCAGGUGUACCACGCCGCUCCAGCAGUGGCCACCUACGCCCACGCCCCCGUGGCCGUCGCCCAGAAGGUCGUGGUCAAGGCCGCCGAGGAGUACGAUCCCCAUCCCCAGUACCGAUUCUCCUACGGAGUCGAUGACAAGCUGACCGGCGACAACAAGGGACAGGUUGAGGAGCGCGACGGAGAUGUGGUCCGCGGAGAGUACUCGCUGAUCGACGCCGAUGGCUACAAGAGGACCGUCCAGUACACCGCCGACCCCAUCAACGGAUUCAACGCCGUGGUCAACCGUGAGCCCCUCGUCAAGGCCGUCGCCGUUGCCCCAGUUGUUAAGACCGUCGCCGCUCCCGUUGCCCACUACGCCGCCCCUGUCGCCACCUAUGCUGCUCCCUCUGUGGCUCACUACGCCGCCCCAGCCGUUGUGAAGACCGUGGCCCCAGUGGCUCACUACGCCGCCCCUGCUGUGGUCAAGACCGUUGCCCCGAUUGCCCACUACGCUGCUCCCGCUGUGGUCAAGACCGUGGCUCCAGUCGCCCAGUACGCCGCCCCCGCUGCCUACGCCACCUACGCUGCUCCCGCCCACUACGCCGCCCCAGCUGCCGCCUAUACCUCGUACUCGGCUCCCGCCGUGGCCUACCACCACUAGAUCCUGGCUGAAAUCGACGUUGUACAUAAAAUUGUUGGCUUUAUUAUUACUGUACAUUUAUUUAUUGACAGCACCAAUAAAAAAAUGCAUACAAGUAUGUAGACACAUAGAUAUCAUGAAA